GGUCCCCUCGGCGCUGCUGCCGGGAGCAAGAAGGCAAACGCUGCCUUAUGAAAAUGCUGUGGCAGGGACCAUGUCUGCGGGCUGAGCCAAACAGCGAGGCUGGCACGGGGACAGUUUGGAUUUACCGUCAGGAAAAUGCGUCUUUUUAUUCUCCUCCUGGAAAGUUGGAUGGCUUGAGUGAGAAUUGGUUGUUGAGAAGACUCGGGAUCGCGGCUGAGGAUUUCACCAUGUCUAAAGAGAUGCAAGAGCUGCAGAAGCAGUGGCGCUCGGUGGUGCAGUCCAUCCACAGCAACUCAAAUGUUGUUGCAUUUAUGAAUUCUCGUGUUGGCCAGUAUUUAGAUGACCAUCCUUUUGUUGCCUUAUCACUCCUGAUGUUUUUUGCAGUUUCUGCUAUUCCUGUUGCAUUUUUCCUGAUUUUUGUUGUUACAACAGCCAUAAUGGCCUGUGUCGGUGUGAUAGUUAUGGAAGGUUUUUUAAUAGCCACAGGUGGCAUAGCCCUCCUUUGUGUGCUGUGUGGCCUGGGUGCACUUUCACUGGGAGUUUCUGGAGUACUGAGUGUUUGUUACAUUGUUCUUUCAACUCUGGUCAACUACUGGUGUGCUUCAAGGGGUCAGAUAAAGAAGCAAGAAGUUAAUGGAAAUUUGUCACAGAAGAGUGUGCCUGUCUUGGAUCUUUCUGCCAAUACUGUAAAGAACGAAUAAGUGGGUUUCUCCCCACUUUCUUCAUAAGCAAUCAAGGUGUUACUCUGACCUUUGCAGUUAAUUGUUUACUUGUUGAGCAUUCAACCUUUGUGCACUCCAUAUGGGAACUGAAUCAAUAUUCAUUGUACAUUGUCACUGUAAAACAUUAAGACAAACCAUUAAUCAGCAGUGCAUUGCAAUAUGAAGUCUGUGCAUGAUGGAGUAUUCCAUGUAAUGUUAAAGGGAUGUAAUGGUACAGGCUACUGUUAAAUUGCUGACAGGUGAAAGAAAGGGUAGGUAGGCGUUUAACUUUCCAUUUGUUACUGGAGUUCUGAAUGUAUGAUCUUUUGGAAUUUAUAUGCAGCAGUUGGUAAUUUUGAUACAAAAGUGUCAAAGCUCAGAAUACCAGAAGUGUUUUGAAUCUUACAAAAUAUUAUAGGAGGAAAAUUGGGGUUUUUGCAUAUAUUAAGUUACACUAUAAGCUUUUACACAUCUUUAGAUGUUGCAUUAGUCUGAAAGGAUAUUUUUGUUGUUCUCCUGCCUCAUCACAUUGAUGCUAUGCAAUUAGGUCUUGCAUUUUCUCAAACUUGUUAAAGUAUUAAAAUUGCCUGUUUUGCUUCUAAGUUUAACUUCUUGUAUGUUAUUUAAAUUUUUUCAUUUUUGCAAAUGCUAUAGUAUUCCUAAGCAUUAAGUCUAUAACUGUAUUAGUUUAAUAAAGUGGUUUCUUUAACAA